AAAGGAAGCUGCUCUCCUAUGACACGUAUUAAAUUAAAAUUAAUAAAGUUACUAAACAAAACGAAAGCAGUAUUAGAUCAUUAAAUAUACAUAUUAUUUAAAACAAGUGAAAAUAUAACCUAAUAUGUCUAGAAUAUCGGAAACAAAAGAAACCGUCGACCAAAUUCAAUUCAACUUAAAGAAAAGUGCUGAAAAGUCGAAAACUAUAGUAAACGAUCCAUUCCACAGAUGGGUAACAUUUAGUAUCAUUGUGAUUCUAACUAUUUGCACGCGAUAUUACAAAGUUACAGAACCUGAUCAUGUUUGCUGGGAUGAAACACAUUUUGGAAAAAUGGGCAGCUGGUACAUCAAUAGAACUUUUUUCUUCGACGUUCAUCCGCCUUUGGGAAAGAUGCUUAUAGGGCUCUCUGGGUACUUGACUGGAUACAAUGGCACUUAUCCUUUUGAGAAACCGGGCGAUAAAUACAACGGUACCCGCUAUGAGGGAAUGCGCUAUUUUUGUACUACCCUAGGAGCACUAAUAAUGCCCAUGGCUUUCGACACUGUAUAUGAUAUGACACACUCCUACGAAGCAGCCCUGAUCUCCGCACUUUACUUAAUAUUUGAUGUUGGCCUUUUAACAUUAAAUCAAUAUAUAUUGCUCGAUCCCAUUUUGCUCUUCUUCAUGACUGCGUCAAUUUGGGGAAUGGCCAAGGUAUCAAAUGCUACUGCAGCUGGAGCAUCUUACACAGGCCGCUGGUGGUUCUGGUUAGUUUUUACGGGUACUAUGUUAGCUUGUACGACAAGUACAAAGUUUGUAGGACUUUUUGCAGUGAUGCUUGUCGGUUUGCAUACAAUCCAUGAACUUUGGAUAAUAUUUGGAGAUUUAAAAAAACCAAUUUUGGAAACUAUCAUACAAAUAGUCUGUCGUGCGCUGGCCCUAAUUCUGUGGCCAAUAUUGUUGUAUAUGCUCUUCUUCUACAUUCAUUUGGCAGUACUGAACCGGAGUGGAAAUGGUGAUGGUUUCUACAGCUCUGCUUUUCAGUCACGUUUAAUUGGUAAUUCGUUGCACAAUGCUAGCAUGCCACGUGAUGUGGCCUAUGGUGCAAUUGUAACUAUAAAAAAUCAUAAAACUGGGGGAGGAUACCUUCAUUCUCACUUACAUUUAUACCCAAAAGGCCUGGGAGCGCGACAACAACAGAUCACAACCUAUACACAUAAGGACGACAAUAAUAAAUGGAUUAUAAAGCCAUACAACAAAAAUGCAUUUGUCGAUAUAAAAUAUGUUAAGCAUGGAGAUCUUAUUAGGCUGGAGCACGUUGCUUCUAAGAGAAAUUUACACUCACACGAUGAGCAAGCUCCGGUUACAAAACGUCAUCUACAAGUAACAGGCUAUGGCGAGGACGGUCAGGGUGAUGCUAAUGAUAUUUGGAGAGUUCUUUUGGUAGAUAACAAGCAAAAUACGAGUGUUAAAACCGUUACAACAAAGUUUUUGCUAGUGCAUUACAUGCAAAAUUGUGCUUUAACCGCAAGUGGAAAACAACUUCCGAAAUGGGGAUUUGAGCAACAGGAAGUUUCUUGCAAUCCCAAUAUAAGGGACAAGAAUGCUAUUUGGAAUGUCGAAGAUAACCUAAACAAGAAACUGCCCAGCGUAAAUCUCGAUAUGUAUGCGCCGGGAUUUAUUGCCCGCUUUAUGGAAUCACACGCGGUCAUGUUUCAAGGAAACGCCGGACUUAAACCAAAGGAAGGGGAACAGACUAGCAAGCCAUGGCAAUGGCCAAUUAACUAUCGGGGACAAUUCUUCUCUGGAAACUCUUACCGCAUAUAUCUGUUGGGGAAUCCUAUAAUUUGGUGGAGCAACCUAAUUUUCCUUGGCGCUUUUUUGAUCGUUUCUUUGGUAGCAGUUAUCAAGCAACGUCGUCUCGAAGGUCAAUUGCAAAAACAAGAGGUGUCCGUAUUACAAACAAAUAGAGCAAAAAUUACAACCACGGAUAGUAGAGAUUCAAAACGAAUAUCAUUAAAUGCAGCAACCUGGUUCUUCAUCGGAUGGACGACACAUUAUAUUCCCUUUUGGACAAUGGGUCGUGUUCUUUAUUUCCAUCACUACUUUCCAGCCUUAAUAUACAACUCAAUGUUGACAGGAGUGAUGUUUCAAUAUUUAGUAAGUCACUUACCAAAGUGGCUUCAACACACACUGCUUGGUGGUAUAAUUUCUAUACUGGCCUACAGCUUUAUAAAGUUCUCACCACUUGCCUACGGAAUGAGCGGAUCAUUAGCCAACGAGCCUAAUUCUACAAUGUAUGGACUAAGAUGGCUUUCAACUUGGGAAUUUUGAUUAAUAUACUUAGUAUGAAUUCAUAUAAAUACUUUAUUGUUAAGCUUUUGA